AUGUCCUUACCAGCUACUUUCGAUUUAACUCCAGAAGAUGCCCAAUUAUUAUUGGCCGCUAACGUUCACUUAGGUGCCAGAAACGUUCAAGUCCACCAAGAACCUUACGUUUUCAACACCAGACCAGAUGGUGUUAACGUCAUCAAUGUCGGUAAGACUUGGGAAAAAAUUGUUUUAGCUGCCAGAAUUAUUGCUGCUAUUCCAAACCCAGAAGAUGUUGUUGCCAUUUCUUCUAGAACUUACGGUCAAAGAGCUGUCUUAAAGUACGCUGCUCACACCGGUGCUACUCCAAUUGCUGGUAGAUUCACUCCAGGUUCUUUCACCAAUUACAUCACCAGAUCUUUCAAGGAACCAAGAUUAGUUAUCGUUACUGACCCAAGAUCUGAUUUCCAAGCUAUUAAGGAAUCUUCUUACGUUAACAUCCCAGUUAUCGCUUUAACCGAUUUAGACUCUCCAUCUGAAUUCGUCGAUGUUGCUAUCCCAUGUAACAACAGAGGUAAGCACUCCAUCGGUUUAAUCUGGUACUUAUUAGCCAGAGAAGUCUUAAGAUUAAGAGGUGCUUUAGUUGACAGAACUCAACCAUGGACCAUCAUGCCAGAUUUAUACUUCUACAGAAACCCAGAAGAAGUUGAACAACAAGCUGCUGAAGAAGCUACUACCACCGCUGAAGGUGAAGAAGCUGAAGUUACUGAAGAAGUUGCUGAAGACCAAGCUGAAGCUUCUGAAUGGGCUGAAGAAAACACCGAAAAUGCCAGCUGGUAA